CUUGCAUAUCACAAGCGGCGGUCAGCGGUCAGAACAGCAUGUCGUACUUGACGACGUCUACCCACCUAAACAACUGGAUCUUCACUCCAGACCAGCUCAAGCAGGUGGCAAGGCUCAAGGCAAACAAGGCGAGGAAGCAGUGGGCGAUGUGUGCCGCGAACCCAUUGCUCCAACGGAAACCUCGCUCGUUUGCAUGUUUGUUGCCGGCGACGACCAACGCCACAUUGGAUGCCAGCGACUGGAACGAUUCGUUAGAAGAGGUCGACGUCGGCGUCGUGGACGACCCGUCCAUCUUCUUGACCGAUCACGAAGAAGCGAUGGUGGUCGAUUUCUAUCAAGUCCAGGUCCAGAAUACAUGCACAACGGUCUUCAAAACGUCCGACAAAGUCAAGGCGGCGGCGGUGCUUCUCUUCAAACGGUUCUACCUGUCCAACAGCAUCAUGGAGUUCCACCCCAAGUACAUUGGCGCGACGUGCAUCUACGUGGCGGGAAAGGUCGAGGAGCAAUACAUUAGCGUCGAGACCCUCGUCAAGUCUUACGAUGGCGUGGUCAAGGAGUCGGAUGUGAUUGCCCACGAAAUGAUCGUGCUCGAAGGCGUGCGCUUCCAGCUGAUCAUGUACCAUCCAUUUCGAUCGCUCACGGGAUUCAUCGACGACCUCCGCGCGCACUCCAAGUCGACGCGUCACACGGACGUGCCCAUCUCGACGCUGCAGACGCUGCAUGCCACGGCCACGGCGGUGAUCAACGACCUGCUCCUGACGGACGCGCCCUUGUUGUACCCGCCGGCGGUGGUCGCGCUCGCAGGAUUGCAAGUGGCGACGACGGUAGAGAUGGCCAUCGACUGGACCAAGUACCUGUUGGCGUGCAAACGUGGGCAGGGGCAGUCCAUGCACGAGGUCGUCCAAGCCAUCCAAGAGGUCGUACAGCUCCGCGCGGCGCGGGAGGCCGACGCCGCGGCGUCCGAAGCGGAGCUCAAGUCUGCGUACAAGAAGCUCAAGGGGUUUUACAAAUCGACGCCGAAGAAGGCGGCUGCGGACGAGUCCAAGGAGCCGAAAGCGAAGAAACACAAGUCCUCGGAUGGGAAAAAGUCUAAAAAGAGCAAAAAGGGAGUCGCCUAAGCCAAUCAAUCAAUCAUGUAUUAGCUAUA